AUGACUAGCACAGUAGUUGAAAGUUUUGUGGAUGCAAAGAUCGAAGAAUACAAAGUGGUCGUGUUCUCCAAGUCGUACUGUCCUCGCAGCAGAAUGACAAAAGCAAUACUGAGUAAAUACGAAAUAACAAUGGAAGUGAUAGAAAUUGAUGUACCUCGUGUGUUCUUUAAUGGUGAAUGUAUCGGAGGAGAAUCUGAAGUAACUUAUUACGAAAGACAAGGGACAUUCGAACAAAAGCUGAAAGACGCAGGAGCUUUGUAG